CGCUGGCGCUGGCGCGAUGUUCAAAUCUUUCUGUAAGUCCAACUAUAUGUGAUAUAGUCAGAAAUAAAUCAUAAACAAUAGACAUGGAUUGCUUGAAUGUAGCGAAGUUUUUACCAAAUUCCCCACGGAAGACACGAGGACAGAUUCAGGUUAUUUUCGGACCGAUGUUUUCAGGAAAAAGCACUGAACUGAUGAGGCGCGUGCGGAGGUUUCAGGUGGCUCAGUAUUCCUGUCUUCUCGUCAAAUACGCCAAAGACAUGCGCUACUCUCAGACGGGGAUGGCCACGCAUGACAUGAGCACGAUGGAGGCCGUUCCUGCCAGCUGUCUGCGAGACGUCCGGACUCUGGCGCUGCAGGCCUGCGUCAUCGGCAUCGACGAGGGACAGUUUUUUCCAGACACAGUUGAGUUCUGUGAGGAAAUGGCCAACAUGGGAAAAACCAUCGUAGUAGCAGCACUUGAUGGAACCUUCCAGAGAAAGGCCUUCGGUAAUAUCCUGAAUCUGGUGCCUCUAGCGGAGAGCGUGGUCAAGCUGAACGCCGUCUGCAUGCAGUGCUUCAAAGAAGCCGCUUACACCAAAAGACUCGGCGCUGAACAAGAGGUGGAGGUGAUCGGCGGCGCUGAUAAGUAUCACGCAGUGUGCCGAGCGUGUUACGGAGGUCUCGUGGCGUGUAAAGAGAACUGCGAUCCGCAGAGAGAGGAGACGCCGCCGCAUGUGAUGUCAGGAAAACAGCCCAAUCAAAGCGCUCCACGAAAACUCUUCACUUCCCUUCAUUUAUGAGAAUAACACAUCAGUCGUACCACUACAGAAAAUAUUUUCUUCCUUAG